UAAUGAUUGAUCGCCUCAAAUUUACAUUAUGUGGCUUACACAUCUGGUCUUUCUGAUUAUAUUUUCCCUCUUUAAUCGUGGACAUUCAUCAAAUGAUGUCAUCGAUGAAGCAGUUACCACUUAUGACAUAACAGUGUCGACCACACCCAAAAGAGAAUUAAUAAAUGCCCAAAAUGAAGAUAUCAGCCAAUCAGAUGACAACUUGAUUCUCGUGUCGACAAUUAAUGGUGCCAUCUACAUAGUGAGUCAGUCAGAUGGUCGUAUUCUGUGGGAUAUUGCGGAGGAGGAGUUUCCGGUGCUGAAGUUGCCGCAGCAGCUGAUCCGGCCUCUAUUUGUAGCAAACCCUAGAGACGGCGGACUCUACCGGAUGGGAGUGAGUGCCAGCGGAAGACUGGAGAAGUUGGACUUGGGAAUACCUGAAAUGGUUGCCCAAUCGCCUUUUAAUAUGGACGGAAUGCUAUACACUGGUAAGAAGCAAGACACCUGGUACGCAAUUGACCUUGAUUCACAGAAAGCCCAAAAGGCAGUAUCACUUGACCAUCUUGAAUACCCUUGCCCUCAACCCCAGAAAUCAGUGUUUUAUAUCGGCAGAACGGAAUACACAGUCAGUAUCUUCGACAGUUUCACUCAGACUCUAAGAUGGAAUGCAACGUUUUACAACUUCAGCUCGAUGAGCAAAGACUUGGAAUCAAAUAGCGAAAUGUUGCAUUUGACUGCGGACCAGAAUGGAGAGAUGGUAUCUCUGGAUAAGGAAUCAGGCAAGGUUGCCUGGACGCAAAAAUUUAAAUCAACGGUAGUCGGUUUGUACAAAAUUGAAGAUCGCGGGUUAGUCCAGCUUCCUUUUGACACAAUUUCUGUUGAAACAUUAAAUGCAGUCAAAAGUUCCAACGCGCCUUCUAAAUGGGGCGCAGAAAGUGAAAGCUACUUCAACCUGAUGCCAGCUAUGUUUCUGGGAAAGCUACAAAAAGGACUGUUUGUACUCCCAACCUUAGUUGGCGAAAGGACCCGCUUCAUGACUCACAACGGGAACUUGCCUUUAUUACCCAGCAAAACAGAAGAUAACGAAAAUGCAGGCGUCAUGAAUCUAGGUUAUCUUUCAGUUCCAGACAACUGGAAACCUAACUCCAGGCUGUUGGAACACAAUGGAUCUCUGGACUCCUCCAAAAGUGACAAUCAUUCGUCUUUCGACAACAGGGUGCAACUAUACCUUGCCAUGUUUGUUCCCACGGCCAUAAGUAUUGUAUGCGGUGUUUUUACGUGGCUGGCUUAUAGGCGUAAUCAGAAAUUGAGUGAUAGCUUAAUGUCAAAUGGAAGUCCUAACUCCAGCUUGGGAGGAUCUGGCAAUACGUCUUCGGUAGGCUCAUCGUUGACUGUCAAUGCAGAUGGCAAAGUUGUAAUUGGCAAAAUUCAAUUCGACCCGGAGAAAAUUCUAGGUAAUGGAUGUCUCGGCACUACCGUAUACGAAGGCAUGUUCGAGCAACGUCCUGUUGCUAUAAAAAGAAUUGUGCCGCAGUGUUUAGGUGUUGCUGAUAGGGAGGUUGAGCUUUUACGCGAAACAGAUCACCACUCAAAUGUGGUCAGGUACUUUUGCAUGGAAAAAGACAGCAUCUUUCGCUAUCUUGCUCUAGAACUUGGAUGCGCUACUAUUAAAGAUUACAUAGAAAAGGACUUGGACUUUGCGCCAAAUUUAACCCCAGCUAAAAUUCUGAAUCAAGCGUUACAGGGAUUGAAUCAUCUGCACAAUCUUAAGAUUUGUCACCGUGACGUCAAACCAGAGAAUCUUAUCAUAUCUAAAGCUAAUGCUAAUGGCUGUAGGCGGGUCAUGAUUUCGGAUUUUGGACUCUGUAAGAAACUGAACCAUGGACAUCAGUCGUUUUCUAUGUCGUCCCCAAAUGGCGUUGCUGGAACUCUUGGCUGGAUUGCUCCUGAAAUCAUGAAGAAUAGAGGAUCCGGUUUUAAACCAUCCUAUGCAGUGGACCUGUUCUCAAUGGGAUGUGUGUUUUACUACGUUCAUACCAAAGGCCAUCAUCCAUUUUCGGAUCCAAAUGAUGAAAACGAUAAACAGAAAAGGCAACAUAAUAUCGAAGGAGAUCUUGCUAGCUUGAAACACCUGUUCGACGUUGAGAGUAGUGAGAACCUAGUAGCAUAUGACAUCAUAUCAGGCAUGAUUUCGAAAGAUCCCAGUUCCCGACCACCUGUUUCCAGAGCAUUAUUACAUCCAUUUUUCUGGUCCCUGGAUAAACAGCUACAAUACCUGCAAGAUGUGAGCGAUGCCAUCGAAAAAGAAGAUCCAGUUGCGCCCACGAUCCGGGCUCUUGAGUGUAACGGAAGAACUGUCGUAUGUGGGAAUUGGAGACUGAAUGUCACCCAGGAGCUACAGGGAGAUCUAAGGAAGUAUAGGAAUUACGAUGGAACUUCAGUUAGGGAUUUGUUACGUGCGAUGAGAAAUAAAAAGCACCAUUAUAGGGAACUUCCUCAGGAGGUCAAAGAUUCUCUUGGUCCUGUUCCAGACGGGUUUAUAAAUUAUUUCACCUCAAGGUUCCCAAGACUUUUGAUCCAUACUUACAAAGCGAUGUACAAUGCCAAAGACGAGCCAACUCUUCGCAAGUAUUACAUUCCAAGUCAAAGCUACAACUGAAUCAAGCUCAAGCGAGUGAAGAUUUUUUUUAGUGUUAUGUCUGUAUCCUCGGUUUUUCGACUUAGCCGUUUUGUCUCAUCAUUUUUGCCUUAUGUUGUAAGAUAUAUAAUAAAGUUUGUAUUAUAUUUUUGAAACUAUUUUAUUUGUGCUUUUCUGUAUUGGACUACCAAUAAUUGAUUCUCUUUUGAUAGUUUACCUGUAAGUUUAUGAUAUAUAUAUAUAAAGUUUAUAUUGUGGUUU